UCUUUAUUAAUCACACAAUUCAAAACUUAUCUCAAAAUACUACACCGAGUCCAUUAGACACUUAUCCUGCAUUGCCACUCUCUUUUCCCGCCCUCUUAUCUUUCUCCGACCGCCAUUGAUGAUGGCAGAGAAGCUUGCAAUUCCAGUUCUUUUACCUGGUCCUUUACCUUCUAAGCCUCUUAUUGAAGAUGAACCCAGAUACCACUCUCAAUCUCUAUCCUUAACAUCACCAUCAUCAUCUGUUCCAUUAAAGCCUUUUGUUCGCCAACAGAAAAAUACCAACAUUAUCAGAACCUACACCUUAAACCCUUCUCUUCGUCAUCUUCAACGACGUCGUAAGUCACUGGGCAAGCAUCGAGACCCGAAUCGAGGUAAGCCUUGGACUCACCAUAGUCUUUCCUCUUUAGGUCAGCAAAUUUUCCAAAUUUUAAUUGAUACAGAUUUUAAUUCUUCUAAUUUAGACCAAAUUAUGAUUAAACUGUUUGAGAAUCAAAAUCGGCAAGUGGGUAGUGUUGGUUUAGAAUCUGUGAAUGCUGACGUUUUGGGAAUAAUUAAGAGAUUAGGGUUUUUGGGAAAUUGUGAUUUGGCUUUCAGUGUCUUUAAUUGGAUUCGUUGUCGAAAUGAUUGCCAAAUUUUGUUAAAUGGUCCUGUUGUUGCUGUUAUGAUUAGUAUUCUUGGCAAGGAAGGUCAUGUAUCAAUUGCAGCUUCCUUGAUUAAUGAGCUAAACAAGGAUGGUUUUGAUAUUGAUGUUUAUGCUUAUACUGCUAUGGUUAGUGUCUGUGCGAGUAAUGGACGGUAUCGAGAUGCUGUGUCGUUUUUCAGGAAGAUGGAGGAAGUUGGGUGUAAACCCACUUUGGUUACUUAUAAUGUGAUUUUGAAUGUUUAUGGAAAGAUGGGUAUGCCUUGGACUAAAUUUGUUGAAAUCAUGGACUGUAUGAGACAUGAUGGAAUCGCUCCGGAUUUGUACACUUACAAUACUCUCAUUAGUUGUUGUCGUCAAGGGUCUUUGUAUGAGGAAGCAACCAAGGUUUUUGAGGAAAUAAAGUUAGUUGGCUUUGUGCCUGAUAAGGUCACUUACAAUGUCUUGUUGGAUGUUUACGGGAAGGCUCAACGUUUUAAAGAAGCCAUGGAGGUUUUUCGAGAGAUGGAGAUUUGUGGGUUUGCACCUAGUGAUGUGACUUAUAAUUCCUUGAUUUCAGCUUAUGCAAGGGGCGGUCUAUUAGAGGAAGCUAUGAAGCUUAAAGCUCAGAUGGUUAAGAAAGGGAUUAAGCCCGAUGUAUUUACUUACACUACCCUCUUUUCUGGUUUUGAGAAGGCUGGAAAGGAUGAAUGUGCAAUGAAGGUUUAUGAGGAGAUGAGAAACUCGGGUUGCAAACCGAACAUUUGCACCUAUAACGCCCUCAUCAAAAUGUUUGGUAAUCGGAAGAGGUUUUCGGAAAUGAUGCUAACAUUUGAAGAAAUGAAGCAUUGCAAUUGUUCCCCCGAUAUCGUUACUUGGAAUUCUCUUUUGUCUGUGUUUGGACAGAAUGGAAUGGGUGCUGAAGUCUCGGGUUUGUUCAGUGAAAUGAAAAGGGCAGGGUUUGUACCCGAGAGAGAUACAUUCAACACAUUGAUAAGCGCUCACAGUCGAUGUGGUUUGUUCAGCCAAUCAAUGGCUGUUUAUAAAAUGAUGCUGGAAGCUGGUGUCGUACCUGAUAUUUCAACGUACAAUUCUGUUCUGGCAGCAUUAGCUCGAGGUGGGCUUUGGGAAGAGUCUGAAAAGGUACUUACUCAAAUGAAUGAUGGUCAGUGUAAACCAAAUGAACUGAGCUACUCUUGUUUGUUUCAUGCUUAUGCUAUCGGAAAGCAAAUUGAACGUAUGUGUGCUCUGACAGAGAAGGUGUAUUCUGGUGAAAUCGCAAUUCACCCUGUGCUACUGAAGACAUUAGUUUUUGUAAAUAGCAAAAUUGACCUUUUAGUUGAAACCGAACGAGCUUUUUGGGAGUUGAGGAAAAGAGGCUACUCUUUGGAUAUAACUACUUUGAAUGCCAUGUUAUCUAUAUAUGGUCGACGACAGAUGUUUAAAAAAGCUAAUGAAAUCAUGGAUUUCAUGAAGGAGAGUAAAUUUACUCCUAGCUUGACAACAUACAACUGUCUGAUGUAUAUGUAUAGCCGGUCUGGGUCUUUUCUGAGAGCAGAAGAGGUUCUUAGAAAAAUCGUUGGUGAAGGACUGCAGCCCGAUAUAAUUUCGUAUAAUACCGUUCUCUAUGCUUAUUGCAGAAACGGUCGAUUGAUGGACGCCUCUAGAAUUUAUUCAGAAAUGUGGGACUCGGGUAUAGUUCCUGAUGUAAUUACAUACAAUAUUUUCAUUGCAUAUUAUGCUGCUAAUGAUAUGUUUCUGGAAGCCAUUGACAUGGUUCGCUGUAUGAUCAGCCAUAAUUGUAGACCUAACCAAAUUACGUACAAUUCUAUUGUUGAUUUUUACUGUAAGUUCAAUCGUCUGAAUGAGGCUACUAUGUUCGCAAGUAACCUUUGCAAACUAGAUCCUCAUCUCCCAAGGGAUGAAAAAUCAAGGUUGUUGGAGCGAAUAGAGAACAUGUAUCUUGGGGUCAUUUUGAGCAAAUCGCGAAUCCAAAAAACGAAUUAAUUGGCGAAUCAUGUUACACAGCUCAACAAGAGAUUGACUUUUAUAUAGGAAUGCAGCUGACAAACUUCUUUCUGUUACUAAGGAGGAUGCUGAAAUCAAACUUCAGAGCUUUUAUGCUAUUCUUUCUAUGGGCUAAAAAUAGAUUUUAAAUGGACUGCUGCAACUUGCCGUCCGAUGUAUGUUCAUUCCUUAUCUAUUCUUACAUGCUAGUCUUAUACCAAUGUUGUGCUGAUGCUGUGACGAUCUAUUUGUAUCUUAAAUACUCAUGAUAUUCUAUAUGUUUAAUUUGUUUUUUCUUCUUUUUGUGGUUUUGAUGGGUGGUAAGGAAGAAGGUACAAAAUAGAAGGAGCCAUACUUUGGCUUUAUGCCAAUGGAUUAGAGCAGUCCGCUUGUUAGUGGGAAGGAAGAAGAGACAAAGUGUGGUUUUCAGGACAAUGACAGCGAGAAAUGAAGGGGAAUAAAACUGAAAUAGGUAGGACUAGCCAACAAAUUAUAUGAGGGAUUCUAUAAAAUGUAAUUUAUGAUUUGCCCUUGCAUCUCUAAAUUUUUAAAGGAUGACACCCAAUUCAUGAUUGAAAGCACAGUAAUGACUCAAGAGUAAUUGUUUGGAAUUGCUAUUUAUGUCUUAAAUCAGGCCCUUAAGAGCAUGGAUAGCAUUUGUUUAGGCCUUCUAACUUUCUUUGUGAAUUUGGUAUUUAAAAUUAUCCUUGAGGAAAAUUUAUGAUCUCCAGAGGUGUUUUCCAAUUUUUGGCCUUUGAUGUUGAUUAUUGUGGAUGUUAAUUGUGAGGUAUGAGCAAUGUAUGUACAUAAGCUUGCUAAGUGUAAAUGUAAGCAUGAUGUAGCUUCAAGUCUACUAACUUCUGUUUGGUGUCGAGUGACUAGAAUUUGUAUCUUUCAAUGGUUCGAUUUUGUCCGACGAAUUAAUUUAGACAUGUUUGAGCUUAAGGGAGUGAAAGCCUAUUGGAAGGGAUGCUCUUGCAUCACAUGAUAAGAUAUUAUAAUAUGAGUGUUUUUAGCUUAUGAUACCGAACCAAUUGGGUAUUGUUGUAACUCGAACAUGAAUAACACGCACUUUAUUAUAGUUCAUGUUAUAAUCUUUUCAGCUAGUCUCUUGAAAGACCGUCACUUUGAGAGACGUCACUCAGGCCCAGCCUAUUAAAGCUUAAUGUCUACUUACUAUAUCCUUAAUGCCUACUUACAUUAUCCUUAAUGCCUACUUACCAUAUCCUUUAAUGCUCACUGAGUAACUUACUCUACAUUUUCCUUUGUGGGUUGGAUCAAUUCAAGAUAGUCUCUCAAAGAGACCGUCUCUCACAAGAAUUUGUGUAAUCUUUUAUAUUAUUUUUAAGUGCAAUAUGUUGAGGCAUGAAUGUUGAAUGCUUUCCUUCUUUAUUUUAGUAUUUUUUCUAUAAUAAGAAAUCUAUUUAGAUGACAAUAUGUUCUAUUAUAAACCUAAGAUGUCCUUAUCGAAAAACUCAUUUUACACCUCGUCAACAGCUUGGCUAGUACCCUGUUUUAUAUCCCUCCUUUCCUUCUUUCCAUCAUCACGGACUUAUCUUUCUCUCUCUCUCGCUCUCUCUCUCUCUCGCUCUCUCUUCCGUUGUGUCCUCAUACAACCAGGGUUCUAUAACUGAAUUUGCUCCAUGA